GAUGGUGAGAAGGGAAUGUGGGGAGUCGGGCGAGUAGGGAUGGCAACACAGCCGCAGGGGAGAGAUGACGGUAGGGAUAAGGAGGAGGACGAGAAGGACGUAGAGGCGGAGGAGGAGGAAUUGAAAGGGGAGGAGGGCGACGACGACGAGGACGACAAGGAGGAUGAAGAAGAAGAACACGAGGAGGAGGACGAAGAAGAAGAGGAGGAGGAAGAGGAGGAGGAGGAGGAAGAAGAAUACGCAGAGGAGGAUGGCGACGACGACGAAGAGGAAGAGGAGGCGGCGGUGGAGGAGGAAAGGGAGCAGGAGCGGGCCGUGGCGAUGGAUGCAAAUCGGGACACCACGAUGCACGAGGAGGAGGAAGAAGAGCAGGAGGAGGAGGAGGAGGAGGAGGAGGAGGAGGAGGGAGAAGAAGAGAGUUGGACUUAACAACGACCUAGAGGACGAUGGCGAGAAGGGGAUAUGGGGACUUGGGCGGGUAGGGAUGGCGACACAGCCGCAGGCGGCGAUGAUAAGGAUGAGGAGGAGGAGGACAAGAAGGACGGGGAGGAGGAGGAGGAGGAGGCAUUGAAAGGGGAGGAGGGUGACGACGAUGAGGACGCCAAGGAGGAGGAUGAAGAAGAACACAAGGAGGAGGAGGAGGAAGAAGAAGAGGAGGAGGAAGAGGAGGAGGAGGAGGAGGAGGAAGAACAACAAUACGGCGAGGAGGAGGAUGGCGAUGACGAAGAAGAGGAAGAGGAGGAGGCGGCGGAGGAGGAAAGGAAGCAGCAGCGGCCCGCGGCGAUGGACGCAAAUCGGGAUGCCGCGGCGAUGGACGAGGAGGAGGAAAGAGAGCAGGAAGAGGAGGAGGAGGAGGAUGGCGAAUAAGGAGAAGAAGAGAAGGAUGAAGAGGAGGAGGACGACGAGAAGGAGAAUGAGGAAGAAGAACACG